AUGGGGCUUCUAACAGACCCGAGUUCAACAAAAGAUAUCGGCGCUAAAAUCAAUAAAUUCGGAAGUAAGCUCUCAACUCUCGGCUUUUUAUGCGGCAUUGGUUGGCUGGCCAUGCAGAGCUCAGCUCAAUUCAACGCUAGAACUUAUAUUGAUGAGAAUGCGUUACAGCCGCGCAUGGCUUCGCCAAAGUAUUCGCAGACGGUGAAGGGUUUGGCGGGAGUGAUGAAUAGGAGGAUGGAAGACUGUGUGACUGCUGAUUGUAGGAAGAAUUUGAUUAAAAAGGCUGCUACUACUUUAAGGCUGAAAUAUGAAGAACAAUCCUGGAGUUACUCGGAUCUUUCCUCUUCAAACAUCAUCGUUCGAGUUUGCCCAAUCGGCAGUUCAGCCGCUGAAAGUAUCAUCAUCAACGUCCCAAUCGCCAGCUGGGACGAGAAAGUAACCAAUUCAGCGUUCGGCACCGGGAUGGCGCUAAUGUCGAUGAUUUCCGACCAAACCCACUGGGGCAAGGAUAUCUUCUUUAUCUUUUCCACCCAUGGGCGUCGGGGCAUUCAGUGCUGGCUGGAGAACAAUUUCGAGAAUAAAAACAAAGAAUGCGAGGGUCCAGAGUUGGAGUUGUCCGCUGCUUCGCCUCAAACGGGCGUUGUUUUGAAGGGAGACGCGCCGACUUUUUCCUUCGUCAAUGUGGAAAUGGAAGGCGAUAACGGCCAAAUGACCAAUCAGGACAUCGUCGGUGUCAUCAAGUACUUGUACACCACGGCAAGCAGGAAUAUCAGAUGGUUUCAGCAGUUUACGACGCUGAGAUAUCCCAAUCGAUUUGCACCGCUAGAACCUGCGGAAAUUCAACGCGUAACUGGUGUCAAGCGGAAAACGCUAGUGCUGGAUCUUGACGAGACACUCAUCCACUCGCAGCACGAUGGCCUUGGCCGUGGAGGUCCAGCUAGAUCAACAAAAACAUCAGACUUCAUUUUGAACGUUGUGAUUGACUCACAUCCCGUUUCGUUUUAUGUUUACAAGCGUCCACAUGUCGACUAUUUUCUUCAAACUGUCUCUCAAUGGUAUGACCUGGUUGUCUUCACCGCAUCUAUGGAAGUUUAUGGAUCAGCUGUUUGCGACAAGCUUGAUCCGCACAAAACGAUACUCAGACGGCGAUAUUAUCGACAAGAUUGCCGGAUGGAGUAUCAUUCCUACACAAAGGAUCUGGCUACAGUAAAUAGCGAUCUAUCUUCCGUCUUCAUCCUUGACAAUAGUCCCGGCGCAUAUCGCCACUAUGUCGAAAAUGCCGUCCCCAUCAAAUCGUGGUUCUCCGAUCCGCACGAUACAUGUUUACUUAAUUUAUUGCCCAUGUUAGAUGCACUGAGUUCAGAUCAAUGCGAAAUGACUAAUGACAGUGGCGAUAUUUUUGUCGGGAUCGUCACUGCCCUCGAUGCCGAUUUUGGAUUCAUUGAUGGCACCAUUUUCUUCACCAAGUCAGUCUGUGAGAAUCAAAUACUGCCCACGCUAAACGCUUCCGUUCGUUAUACUGCUAAAAGCCGUCACGAUAUGCCAAUGAAAAAAAUUGCCACCUGCGUCAUCGCCUCCAACAAUCUUCAAGUGUCCAACACUGAUUCUUCUAGCAACAGUCCCUCCCCACCGCUCAAGCUGCUCCAAGCGCCCCCGAACAGUUCCAACACGACAAAUUCCAAUUCUAAAAAACCGAUUCUCAAGCGCGAAUUCGAAGAGCCAGGCUUCCCUUCUGAGCCUCAGAAUUGCGCUAGAACUUCGCGAAAUAGCUCCUCCCGUGAUGAGUACAGUGGCAACGCUCGCGUGGAUAGAUUUAGAGAACCGCGAGAGUUGCCACAGUGGGGUCACUCACGAGAGGAAACGUUCGACCAGCAGGAAAAUAGAGGCAGAAGUAGCACUAACGGGCGGGUGAAAAUCGAGCGCAUCACUGACCAAGAGUGGCAAGACCGAUCUUCUUUCAUCCCUUUCGACCCAACCGCUAGGGUCAAAACAGAACCAGGAGAAGAGCCUCAACUUUCAGGAGCUCCUGUGAGAGUCAAACUCGAGCGAAUCGACGAUGAGAUAGGAGUAGAUCGAGGAACAGAGAUCGGGACACUAGAACUGGAAGUUCCCGAAGGAAUGGGCUCCGUUUUAUUUAUUUUAAAGAUUGAAAGUGCCAACAAGAGCCCUUCUCCAAGACCUGAAAACAGAGAAAGGAAUCGCGAAAACUACGAGAAAAAACUCCUCCAUGGAAGUGUUCCCAAACCGCCUCCUGCACCUGUUGCGAAUAAAAAAGUUAUCUCCGCACCAACGGACAACUAUUCUCCCUUGCUGAAUUUCACUGAAAAGCGCGAGAGCUUGCCGUCACUUGAGCCUGUCCGCGAAGAGUUUCAAGCUCUUUCACAAAGACACACUGCCCAAUCUGAUUCAACCUGGCAAGCUCCGAAGGUUUUGCGACGAAAAAGAGCGGCCAUCCUCUCCGGAACUCCUGAAAACGAGCAAGAUGAAUUCUCAGAUGUCGAUUCCGAUGAUGACAACGGUACUAAUUUACUCAUAUGCGAAGAUGACCUAGAAACAAACGAGGAAAAUGGAAAUGAAGAGACUGAAGCUGCUACAGAAGAAGAAACUGCCACUGAAAGCCAAACGGUCGACGGAGAUACCCUCAACGAUGCGCUAGAAGAAGCUGCCGAUGGCCAAGAAGACACGAUAGGCUAUCAAGUUAUCAAAGAGUUCAGAAAGGACUUGGAAAAAGCCGGCGUCUUCGGCAAGUCAGAAAAGAAGAAGAGAAAGUCGCUGCUCCAAGGAGACACGAAGAAAAUCCUCAACAAAGCUGGCGAACUGAUCAAGUACAUCAGAACAAUCAAGAAUCACCCGGACCGCAUGUGUGCCGAGCUCUGGUACAAUGAGCCCAAAAUGGCCAACGACGGCCCUUUGUGCAAAUGCGAAAUGGACCAGCAACACGGAAUCAACCACGGCGUCUAUCCACAAGAAAUCCAGCCUCCCGCUCUCCCUGCCAAAAGCAACAACCUCGAUAAGCUGUUCCACUAUAGAAUCACUGUCAGUCCUCUCAAGAAUUUUGCCUUCAAGGAUCAUAUCACUACUAAAAUCAGCUACAACAACAAGACAUUCCGAUUUGCCGGGUAUUCAAUUUUCUCCCAUCGGGACUUGUCAAAAGUGCCAACAAUACCAGUCACCAGAUACCACAAUGAGCACGCUAUCACCCUGCUUCCCGAACCUGCCCCCACCUCAUUUUGCCUUGCCGACCUGGAACUAUUCUCGGACUUUUUCUUCAAAGACACACUAGAACUCUACGAUUGGAUUGAAGGCCUCACUCCCUCGAACGACCCUAGUGUCAAAAUCGAGCCGGGAUCAUCUUUUAGCCAAAAAUUUUUCUAUUUCCUGCCCCGAUUCGAAUCACGCGGACUUGACAAUCAGUUGGAAUUGCUGGGAAUGGACCAGAUUAUGCAGUAUUUUAUCGACAGUAACAAGCCGCUGAUUGAGCCAAAUGACCUCGUUAGAUUCCACCCUGUCAAAACCUUCCGAGGUCAGCUUGUCACGAACCCUGGCAAGAAGCCUUCUACUAUUCGCCUUGACCAACUCGACCGGGAGAAAACCAUGACCGGGGCUGCGAACAAAGAACACCGUUGGCCCAUAAUUGUGCACUUUGGCGUGCGUCCGGCGAACUUGAGCUACGCUGGCGACCCUGUUUAUCAGAAAGUGUACAGGACCUAUCAGAAAUACCGACAUUUAAUUACGAACAAGCCGCGUAUUCAAGAACAGCAUUGGUCAAAAAUCCGUGAUUUGGAAGUUCUUCUUCAGAAGAUGCGCCGAAUGGCCGACAUGCAGCGCGAAGUUACAAACGAAAUCUCCUGCGAAAACUUUCGACUUACCGUUUUUAUCCCAAUUUUCCGAUACAUCCACUCAUUGGACUCGCUUCAAACAAUCCUUGGUUAUCGAUUCAAGAAUCUCUCCUGGCUCACGCGAGCGAUGACCCAUCCAUCAGCAGUUUACAAUUACGGCGAAAACCCGGAUCACGUGCGUAACUCCACGACAAACUGCGGCAUCAGGAAACCGCAAUACGGCGAGGAUGGACCAUCUCGUCCGUACGAGCGGAAAAGGGGCAUUGUUACGUUGAUAAAAGUCAUGGCAUUGCUCGGAACUAGCGAGCCGAAGGAAAGUCCAAUUAACUAUUUGGAGCGACCGGAGUUCCUCGGCGAUGCUGUGUUAGGAUUCAUCGUUUCCGUCUCCAUCUUUCAUCUGUUUCCGCAUCUCGGGGAAGGAGCGCUUUCAAUGCUGAGAUGUGCCCUUGUUUGUAAUGUUCAUCUCGCGGCUCUAGCGCAAAAAUUGACGCUAGAAGAUUACUUCGUCUACAUCCACUCCCAGGAUCUUGCCAAACGAGAGGAUCUAAACAACGCCCUCGCCAACUGCUUCGAAGCUGUCCUCGGUGCUAUUUACAUGGACGGCGGACUCGAGCCCGUUCGCCACCUCCUCGCCCGUGUUUUAUUCGACGACGAAAGUCUCCAACGAAUCUGGCUCAAUUUCCCAGCUCAUCCUCUUCAGCAAGAAUUCCCGGACGGCGACCGAGCCAAGAUUGAAUCUUCAAAAGUGCUCAAGCGCUGCGCAGAAUUGGAGAAUCUCCUCGGCCUCAAGUUCAAGAACAUUCGCCUCCUCGCCAAAGCACUCACCCUCAAGAACGUCAAAUAUAAUGACAUCACAAAGGGUCACAAUCAGCGGCUUGAGUUUUUAGAUCAAGGAAUAAUUGCCGUGGACGUUUUCAUGAAAGUCUGCUUCUAUCCCCGAUUGAAGCACUUUAUUAUGAGCCAAGUUUGGAACGAUCCUAAAUCCUGUCUUCAACAGUGUUGCCUCACAUUGCGCCCUGAGGAAGGAUCUCCCGACUUGCCAGAAUACAGACACAAUUCUAGCUCUACAAGCUCGUCAAAGAUGCGUUACAGAGUGGAAGUCUACUUCAGAGGCGAGAGAAUCGGAGAAGAGGAAUCAGAAGAAUGUUGCCGAUCACUUGACGAGUGGCUCAAAGAAAUGCCUCUGAAGAAUUUUUAUUGUCUUGGCUCCAAGAAUCACCGAUCCAAGCGCAGUCAAAGUCCGCUUCCUAAUUAUGAGCAGCAAUUGGUGCCUCUGGAGAGUCUUCUUCCAGAAGAAAUUAAAGGCAGCACAACUGUUAGGCUUGUGAAGGACUCAGAUGAGCCACUGGGGUUGACAAUCGCUGGCGGGCUCGAUAAGCUGUCGAUGGCGCGAGUGGAGCACUUGCGCGCUGGCGGGUUGGCCUCGCGCUGCGACUUGCUCCAAGUCGGCGACAUCAUCUCUUCGGUGAAUGGGAUCAAUACAAGCCGACUGAAGCAUGACGACAUUAUUAACUUGUUGAAAAACGUGGGCAACGUACUCAACCUGGGCAUCGACUAUGAGCUGCCUCCUACAUUUCCACCUUCGCCCCAUCAAGUCCAAAAGAUUGUCACUGUCAAUUUGCCACGCGACGACGUCCCAGGCUCUGGCCGUGGCAUCGUUCUAAGAGGCGGCGUGAAUAAAGAAGAUCCGAUGAAGACCCGCCCUCUUGUUGUCUCGUUCAUUCGCCCUGGGUCCCUUUGCGAUGCGAAUACUCCAAUCAAAGUGGGCGACAGAAUGGUCGCUGCGGGCAACAACCGGCUGGACAGUUGCACCCUCGACGAGGCCCUCGCCAUUAUCGAUCGCGAGGAGGUUUUCACCGUCCAGUACUCGGCUCAAAUAGUCGAUCAAGUUCAAAACGCCAAGGGGCCGCUGUCUAUUGAAGUAGCAAAGCCGCCCGGAUCCAAUUUGGGAGUCAAUUUGAGCGUAACUGUGAUUAACCACAGACACGUAAUCGUCAUUUCUGAAAUCGUGGCGGCCAGUAUUGCCGAUCGCUGCGGAGCAUUACAUGUUGGUGAUCAGGUGAUUCGAAUUGAUGGUCAUCACGUUGAACAACUCACGCUUGAUGAUGCGACAAGGUUGCUCUCGUCCCCUAGCGAUCAAAUCAAAUUGGAAAUUCUGCCAGUUAGUCACGUUCGACUAUCUAUUGAAGGUCCUAAAAGUAUCGGAUAUCCUGGCAGGUACACACCAUCGAUAGGCCCUGGUACUAGCUACAGUCAUCUGAACACUGGCACCUUCUCGCGCUCCGGAACGAUGCUGAGCUCGAAAUCAAACACCUUCUCAAGAAUGCGCGGGCGCAAGUUGAAAUCCGGCCUCUCGCAAAUGUCCGUGGCGUCAUUCGACCCCUACGCGCAGCCAAAUCAAGUGAACCACCAGGAAACAUUCUGCCGUACGCUCGAGUGCGAGCCCCGGACAAGCUUUGGAAUCAACAUUUCUGCCGGUGUUUUCGCCACUUGCGACUUCAUGGGUGGGCCCAAGCUGAUUGAGUCGAUUGACGAAGGUAGCGCGGCAGAUGAGGCGGCAGUGUUCCAGGCCGGAGACAGGAUUUUACGACUGAACGAUGUCCCUCUCGAGGAAAUGGGCCCAGACGAGGCAAAUCAGAUGCUCAUGGACUCCGCUGAUCGAGGACGGGUCAAGAUCGAGGUCGAAUUUGACAUUGCCGACGCUGUUGUACCGACAUCGGGCGAGUUCACGCUCAAGUUGCACAGGAAGUCACAUCAAAGUCUUGGAAUUGAAGUUUCUGCGCCGCGAAAUAGAAUAUUUGGCGAGCCUCUUGCGAUUUCGAAUAUUAUUCCUGGAUCUGUGGCUCAUCGGACAGGCAGUUUGGCUGCGGGAGAUAAGCUUUUAGCGAUCAACAAUCAUAAACUCGAUCAUUGUACGAUAUCAGAUGCAAUUCAGCUCUUGAAAAACACAGGAGAACUGGUCAGAUUAAAAAUACGAAAAGAGGAUGAAGAAGAAACAGGAUUAUGUUUUACUGUUGAGCUCAAGGGUAACGGCGGCCCGCUAGGUAUUACGAUAACGGGCUCGGACGAUCCAUUUGACCCGAUUUAUGUUUCCAACCUGACUCCUGGCGGCAUUGCCGAAAGAACACGAGCUAUUCAAAAGGGUGACAAAAUUUUAUCUAUCAACGGAACUUCUUGUAAAACGAAAACGCUUCAACAAUGCAUCGAGCUUAUGAGAUCAAGUGAUGUACUAAAAUUAAAGAUAGAAAAAGAUGAGAUGAAGCCAUCAAGUUCAAAUCAACCUCUUUCCACAGGAGCGCUGUUCGACGAGAGAAUAGCAGAGGAAGCAUCUGAUAAUGAGCAAACGCGCUUCCAGAGAUACCAUACUCCGAAUAACAAGUCCCACGACUCGGCCGUGGAGAGUUGGGAGUCAGGCAAUUCGGAACUCAGUCAGAACUCGUCAUCGAAUCAUGGCAAAGCUAGGCAGCCUAACAGCCGCAAUCCUAACUUUUCAAGUCACACACUGGGCAACCCUCGGCAUCGUGCAUCAGAGCGAAGGUCGAAUGAAUUCGGCUCCCUGGCGCGGCUGCCGGGUCGGGACCGCGCGCUCUCGGACAGGCACAUCCCGCAGGCAAGUCUACAAAAUCUCACCAUGGGCCUCGGCCUCUCACAUUCCGCCUCACUCAACCUACUAACCAAGUCUUCACUCACAAACGUUAAUAACAGUGUUCCACUAGAAUUCUCCAUCCUCAAGAGAAACUUCGAAUCGAUGGACAACAUUUCAGCGAGGAGAUUGCCGCGCUCUAGGUCACAGGAUAGCCGCAGAAUGAGAGCUAGUAGCAGAUUUGGAAGUAGAGAUGGCAGCCGUGAUCGAGCAUUAGGUCGCGAGCGCCGUAAUGAAAUUCGAAAUAUUGACUUGGAAGAGAAAGAGACAAGGAGUAAAAUGAGCCGCGCGCGAUCCGCCCAUAGAGUCAGAGAUGUCAAACAUCGUCAACCGCAUCUUUAUCAAGAAGAAGACCGAAGUAGCGACGAGAGCAAUUGGGAAGGCAACACGAAUUCGAAGCAAUUUCCCGAGCGCGCACCAAGUGAAACUAGUGAAUUUUUAGAUGAUGUCAUCAGGGACUUACGCUCUGUAGCAACCGCUGGAUAUAAAGAAAACCUCCGUGCGAUCGUCUUCAAGGAUCUUGAACUUGGAACUUUUGGUUUCUCAGUUUCUGAUGGCGUAGACGAACAAGGUGUUUUUGUUAACUCGAUCAAGCCGGACGGUCCUGCCGCGCGCGCUGGAGUCCUGCCAUUUGAUCGCAUACUUCAAAUCAACAACAUAAGGUGUAACGAGAUGCAGAGCCAGGCCGUGCUCGCCGCGAUCCAACAAUCAGGAAAUCGCCUGCGUCUUCAGCUGAGUCGGAAUCCUGCCUCUGGCGCCGCCAUGGCUCAUCAAACCUAG